AAAAUUAGCAAAUUCUGAAUAAGUUGCAUAUUUAAGCACAAAAUUACAUACAUUUAUACUAGAAUCGUUAUUGCGUCGUUUACUUAUAUAUGUAUAUAUAUAUAUAUUAUAUAUUUAUAAUUAUACAAUGUAAAUAUAUGUAUAUAUAUAUAUAAUAUAUGUACAAUAUAUUAAUAUUUAUUUAUUAUAAUUUAUUACAUUUAUUAUUAUAUAAUAUGUAUCUUUGUUAUUUAUAUAUAUAUAUUAUAUAAUUGUUAUAUAUAUUAAUAUAUGUAUAAUAUAUAUAAUAAGGAUUUCAAAAAUCUGGAUAAAUUUAAAUAAUAAGAUUGCAGCAAUUGUAUUAAAUUAAAGAUUAUAAUCAUUUUAAUUAUUUUAAUUAUCAUGUUUAAUAUGGUAGAAAAAAUAAAUAAUUAUAAAUAAUAAUAUUGUACAUUCUAUUUAAUCUUAAAAAUAUAUUUAAAUUAAAAUUUACUUAUUAAAAUAUUAAUAAAAAUUAAAAUAAAAUAUAUUUAUAAAAUUAAUUUAAAUAAUUAUUAAAUAAUUAUUUUUAAAAGAAAUUAUUUAAGAAUUAACAUUUUGUGAAUAUAUAAUUUAUGACUACAAGAUUUGUUUUGUUUUGUCCAAGACGAUGGCAAAUUAUGAUAUCAAGGUUUGGUGUAAAUUUGGUGUCAAAAAUUGAUAUAAGAUUUAUUAUAUAUUUUGGUAUACAGAUGGAUAUAUUUGAAUUUAUAAUUAAAUGACAUUAAUUUAUAGAUAUUGGAUAUUAAUUUGAUGCUAUGUUGUAACCAAAUUUUUGGAAUAAAAAACAUCUAUUUUUAAAAACAUGUUAGCUAAUAAAAAUUUCAUUUUUUAUAUUUGAUAAUAUUUGUAAAUUAAAAUGAGAUUCUAUUACUUAAUUUUAUGGUUUUAUUAUAUUUAAUAAAAUAUAAAUAUUUGCAAUAAGUUUUCAUGUAAUGAAUUAUUUGUCUUAUACAGAUAUAUAAUAUAAUUUUAAUAUAUAUGUUAUUAAUCACUAUAAAAAUCACUAAAAAGGGGUUAUGCUUUUUUGAGCUUUAAUGAAAUUUAAAAUAUAACCAAGAAUUUUUUAAAAUAAAUAUGGCUAUUUCUAAUGAUGAAAAGAUAGAAGCAAUCAAAUUUGCUAAAGAAUAUCAUCAAAAUUAUUAUGAACUUCUUCCUGAUUGGUUUCAAUAUGAUUUUGAAAAUUAUGAACUUAUAAGACAUAAAAUUGGAUAUGCUUUAUUUGGUCUUCCUAAAAUAGAUAUAGAUACUGAAAUUUCAAAUAUUUCUAUAAGUUGUACAAGUGAUAAUAAUCAAUCAGAAUAUAUAUUUAAAAAAAUAAUAUAUGACAAAACAAUGUGCAAAGUUAUAAAUACAAUAUAUGAAAAGAUAAUAAAAUAUGGAAAAGACAACAAAAAUAGUUCUAUUUAUAUUGGAAUUAUAUUUAAUGUAAUAUUCUUACAAACAAAAGUUCCACAAAAAUCUAACGAAAAAGAUAACGCAUCAAGCAAAGAGAAUAAUAACAUAUGUGUUUUACCAAUAUUUAAAUUAAAAACAUUACAAUAUGAUACAUGGUAUAUUGAUAAUGAGGGCAGAAUUUAUAAAACUUGGAAAGAUUACAUAUCAAAUAAUACAUUACCUCCAUGUACUAUGAUUUUACCAAAAAAUGGUUUAUAUCAAUGUAAUCCAAAUUAUAAAGUAACAGAAUAUUUUUCAAGUGUAUGGAUUGAAAUAUUAGAUUCUCCUGCUUGUACUUUUAAAAAUAAAGUUCUUAAGGGCAUUGAUGUUGCUGUAAAUACAAUGUCCAUAAUUAGUAGUAUUGGACUUAGUGCUGCUAGCUUUUUAACACCUAUUGGACCAGCUAUUCUCACUACAGGUUUAAUUCAUGGUGGAAUUUGUGGGACAUGGAUUAUUGUUAGAAAUUCACAAAAAUUAAUAGAUCUUGCUACACAUAAACAAUCCAUCAAUCCUAUAAAUAAAAAUGCAUUCUCUGCUUGGUUUGAAGUAAGUAGUACAGCUUUAACAUUAGGAGCAAAUAGUGGAACUAUGCUUAUUUCAAAGGCUCUUUCAAGAGGCUGUACCAUAAGUGCUGCAGCUAAAGUAGCUUAUAAUUCUGUGAUAUUGAGCAAUUUAACAGUGAAUGGCGCUAGUGUAAUUUAUCAAGGAUAUCGUUUAAUUGAAAAGUAUAAGAUGGAAAAGAAUGUUGAUUUCUUAGAUAUAGCUAUCUUUACUUCACAAAUUUUAUUCUUUAGUAAUACUUUAAUAAAAACCAAAUUAGCUAGUGAACUCAUAGUAUCAUCUAAAGGUACUAUUCUUGAAAAACUCAAGAACGCUUUACGAAUUAAUCGUUUAAAACAGGAAUUUAAUAAAAUAAAAAUAUACAAUACUAAAAAUGUACAAAAUAAAUCUGAAAGUAUUAUAUAUAAGAUAAAAGAAUUUACUAACAAAGAAGAUUUCUUAAAUAGUUUAAGUAAAAUGAAUUGGGCAAAUAAAUUUUCAAUAAAAUAUCAGAAUGGCAAUAUUGUUAUAAAUAAUAAAAUAUUUAUAAAUCCUAUUCAGUUUACGACUCACUUAUUGACAAUUGGUGCAGUCACAUUUAAUUUAAUAGAUCCACAUUCAUCGAUAGUAUCUAAGGAAAGAAAUUAUAUAAUGAUUAAUUUAAAAAUUCUAAUAAAACAAUUGUUACAAAAUUUUUAUGCAGAAAAAGAAUAUUCAGAUGAAACAAUUCCCGAUGUUGAUUAUUUUAACGAAAUAUUACAAGAAAUAAAGUACAUGGAUAACGCGGUUGAUAUAUUAAGAAAGUGUUUUAAAAUUGCUGUAAUUAUAAUAGAACAUUGCAAUGAUCCCCGACAAUUCUUAUGUGAUGCUGUUUAUUUUUCAUGGAUAUAUUGUAAAGGAAAUUUAAAAGAAUAUGGUAUAAACAUUAACACAACUUCUAAGAACAAAAUAUUUAAUGAAUUAGCAAGAAUUGUUACGUUUUUGUAUGAAUGCAUCGAGGUAAUAGCCAAUGAAUUAUUUUCAGCUUUUUAUGCGUAUAUAUCAACCACAAAACCCGAAAUUAAUAAUUAUAUCAUGUUAAAUGAUAAUUAGACUGUAGAUAUAUAUGCAUUUAUGCAAAAUUUAAAUAUAUAAAAAUCUAUAGAAUAUAUAUUACAUGCAAAAAAAUACAUAAAUGUUCAAAAUAUGCACUAUGAUAUUACAUUAUAUUUAGAAUAUGAUAUUCAUAAAACAAAUUAUUGUAUUUAAAUAAAAUGAUUUUUUUAUUUUAUUUUUAACUUUUAUACGUUUCAUAUGAUGAUCUGAAAAUAAAUAAAAGAGAAAAAAAUUUUAUUUUUUGCACAGAA